AUGUACUGUGAUGGGACCUCAUCUAGCACCAAACGAGCUGGCUUGGGAGGUGAAGUCACCAAGCCCAGGUUUGCUCAGUAUUUCCACGGCAGCCUAGCCAGUCUUACUAUCCGUCCUGGAAAAAUUGAGAGUCAGAAAGUGAUUUCCUGUUUGCAGGCCUGCAAGGAAGGUCUGGAUAUUAAUUCACUUGAGAGUCUUGGCCAAGGAGUGAAGUAUCACUUCAACCCUUCCCAGUCAGUCCUUGUCAUGGAAGGAGAUGACAUUGAGAAUAUAAAUCGAGCUCUCCGAAAGGUCUCUUACAUCAACUCUAGACAAUUUCCUACUGCAGGCGUACGACGUCUCAAAGUCUCAUCUAAAGUCCAAUGUUUUGGUGAAGAUGUCUGCAUUAAUAUCCCAGAUAUCGAUGCAUAUGUAAUGGUGCUUCAGGCCAAUGAGCCCAAGAUUACAAUAAGUGGGAUGGACCACUUUUCUAGACCAGCUGCACAAUUUGAAAGUGAAAGAGGUGUCAUUCUGCUGCCUGACAUCAGGAUUGUCAGCACCGUCACAAAAAUGGAGCAUUCAAAAAAAAAUGAUGGAGCCAAUAAGUCAGUGGUCUUGGAAGAAAUGCUCCACAACUUGGAUUUCUGUGAUGUUUUGGUCAGUGGUGCGGAACUAGAUCCUGAACAGGAGUGUUUAGAGUUAGAUCGUACUGAACUUCAAGGAAAACAUCUAGAUGCCACCAAUUCCACAGCAGGAUAUUCAAUCUAUGGUGUGGACACCAUGCACAACUAUGAACAGGUUCUUCAGCAGAUUCGAUACCGUAACUGGAACACUUCUGCCACCUUUGAAAGAAAGUUCAGAAUCAAGUGCUCUGAGCUGAAUGGGCAUUACACCAGCAAUGAGUUUAACCUGGAGGUUAAUAUUCUACACAGCACCAACUCCAACUAUAUGGACCAUGUAAACCAUGUGAUAGUACAGCCACACUUUCUUCAGUCAGUCCACCAUCCAGAGGAAAGCAUAAGUACUGUUCACAGCUCAGUUGUUCCAAGUGUGGCUACUGUCGUAAUUGUGAUCUGUGUGAGUGUGCUCAUUUUCAUCACAGCUGUGGGAGUCCACAGAAUUCGGGCAGCCCAGCAGCACAGCUCUACAGACAGUGAAAGCAGUAAGGAAAAUGAAAUGGAUUGGGACGAUUCUGCUCUGACUAUUACUGUCAACCCCAUGGAGAAAUAUGAAAAGCCUCACCGGGCAGAAGAGGAGAGUGAAGAGGAAGAAGAUGAAGAGGAAGAUACGACCAGUGCUGAAUCGGAUGAAAGUGAAGAGGAGGAGGAUGAGGAGGAUGAGGAGGAAGCGACUGUCCAAAAGAGAGGCAAGCAGAAUCUCACUAGGCAAGAGCAGUUGGAGUGGGAUGAUUCAACACUGCCAUACUAACAGCCCUCGAGCCACAUUGCUCCUUUUGUAACCACCAAUACAAUGUUUUUUUCAGUCUAUGAAUUCAUUGACAGGUUUUGAACUGCUUGCCUGUAACUGUUUUGCCUAAAAUAAUCUUGUUGUAGUAAUUGAUAAUGAUAGAACUGACCCUUUUCCUAUAAAGGCUGGAGAACACAUGGUACAAUCAUACUGGCAUUGCCAGUUCUAAAGUAAUCUAGAACUUAAUCUGAUAGCAAGCAUAGGGUUCAAUUUCCUCUUUUUGUACCUCAAGUCUGUGACAAAAGUGUUGUCACUCAGUCCACAGUUUUUUUGUCUUUGCUAUUUUUUCCAUACAGGAGAGAUUUCAGCUUGUUAUGAAGAAUUACCUGUGUGGCUCCAAAAUAAUGUAGCUGCUGCCCUUUGGCUUCACACAUUUACAGGUGUAACAUAAUAUAAUCCCACUUCAAAUUAGCAGAGUUUUAGUGCUACAGGUGACAGAGACUAAAUUCCAUUCAUUGUCUCUUCCUGCCUUCUUGGAUAUUAUCUUCUACAAGGGAAUAUAUUUGAGAUGCAUGUAUGCCUGUGUAGAAAUGGACGGUGUAUUUUUCAAGAAUGCUGUCUGAACCAUGAAGAGAGGGAUUUUAUCCAACCCAUGCAUAGAAGCUGAAGAAGGUGAAUGCUGAAGGUUACCAGGGGAAAAAAAAAUAAAUCUUUCUAUGUCCACAAAUAAAAUGAUCUUAAACAGAAAAUUCUAAUUGAAUUGAUAUACUGAAAACCUGUACAGCUACUCAUUAGUUAUGGAUUGAACAAUCUGCAGCAAAUCGAUGCUUUAACCAUCUUGUAAAAUCAUUAGCUUGCUGCAGUACCUUACUGAAAUAGUGGAAAAUAAGCGAUUUCAUUAUACCAUGGAUAUGUACAAUUGGGAUUUAAACAGUGAUUUUUUAAUGAGGAAAAUGUUCCCUUCUGCUUUGUUGAGUGCCAGCAGCAAUUCCUGUCUGGCUUUAUUCUAUAGAAAAGUAUGCCGUUACCCCACCCUGAGUGACACAUCAGAAAGUGACAACACACCUGUCAGCCCACUGUUGGGCUCAUAAUUCUCCCUUAUUUCUUCUUCCUGAAGCCAUUAUUGUUAAGAAAAGGUUUUAUAAAAUAGAACUAGGAUAACUAAAACCUACCUGGAA